AUGGAAAGAGAUGAAUUAAAGAAAGGAAAUGAAGUAUCAGUAUUGUGUGAAGAUAAAAAUGAAAGAAUGAAGAAGAGUGAUGAGUUUUUUUCUUAUAUAGAUGAUAAUAUAAAUGAGCACAUAUAUUAUGAGAAUAGUAAGAAUGAUGAUAAUAAAUUGUUGAAUAAUAAUAAUAUUAAAAAUAAUAAAAAUUCUUAUAAUUUUUAUAAUAUAAAAUAUAUGGUAGAAUAUGAUGAAGAUAAAAAAAAAGAUGUUGGUUAUAUCUUAAGUGAUAAAGAACGAUAUGAGUUUUUAAAAUAUGCAGAUUAUUUUUUUGUUGAAAAUAAAAAUAAUGUAGAUAUAUAUCGUGAAAUAAAAUAUGUAUUAAAAAAUAAUAAUCCAAAUUUAUUAUGUUUAUUAAAAAAUAUAUGUUUAUUAGGACAUAUAAUUUAUUUUAAUGAGAUAUUAUAUGAAUCAAAAUUAUUAACAUCAAAUGAUAUUCAUAAAAUUGAAAAUAUAUUAUAUAAAAAUGAAGAUAAUUUUUCAAAUAAUUAUAGUAUUAUUUAUAAUUCUUUUCUUUUUUUAUUAGAAAUAAUUAAAUUAAGUACACAUAAAGGUGUUCAGGAUUUUUCUUAUUAUCAAUUAUUUCGAAAUAAAAAAAUUAUUGAGACUCUUUUAUUUUAUAAUUUUAAUGCUCAUAAAAACAAAAUAAAAAAUAAAGAACAUUUUUUUAUAAAAAAAAAUAAUCAAGCAAUUUUUAUAAAUAAUAUUAUUACAUUACAUAUUGUAAAUAUGUUAAAUCAGACUCAGAAACAUAUUCGUUUGUAUGCAUUAAAAAUAUGUAUUUUAUUUAUAUCACACAUUAGUAAAUCUAAUCAUAUAAUUAAUCAUAUUAUAAAUAUAAUAUCCCAACAAAUAAAUUUCGAUGAAUAUAUUCAUGCAUUUGCAGUUUUCUUACAACUUGUUCCUUAUCUAAAUCAUGACACUUUAUAUUAUAUUAUCAAAAAAUUUUAUAAAUCUUUAAUAAAAAAAAAAAAUGAAACUUCAAAUAUAUUGUCUUUAUUUAUGAACAUAAAAAAGGGAGGAGUCCAAAAUAUUCAUCUAGAGAAAAAAAAAAAAAAAAAAAAAAAAAAAACAUCUCAAAAAAGAUGUCCAUCUAAUGUUGAUAGUAGUAAUAAUAAUAGUGAUAAAGAGAGGAGCUUACAUAUGGUUUUAGAACAUGAAAAAUAUCAAAAUAAAAAUGAUUAUAAUAAAAAAAAUUUGAAUCAUAAAAAUGAAUCAUGUGUAUCUGCAUAUGAGAUAAAUAAUACAAAGGAGGAGAGUAAGUCACAUAUAUUUGAAGAUUUAGAUAUAUUUAAAAAUUUACAAUAUUAUAAGAAUAUUUAUGAUGAAGAUAUAUAUUCUUUAAAAAAUAAUAAAAAGAAUAAAUACAUAAAAAAAAUGAUAUAUAUAAUAAAUGAUAAUUUUUGUUUUAUCAAAUGUUUAUAUCUAGGGUUGAUAGGAAGUAAAUUGAAUGAAUUAUAUUCUUAUGUGUCUUAUUAUUUAUUUAAAAUAUUAUGGAAUAUUAUAAAUAAAAUAUUUUAUAUACCAUAUAAUCAAUGUGAUGAAAAUAAAAUCAUACACUUGUUAGAUAUAUUCUUUUAUAAUACUACAAUACUAAGUGUUACAAAUAUUUUCUUAUUAAAUUUACAAGUUAUUAUAUUAAAAUUAUUAUUAAAUGUAUCACAAACAUAUAUAAUGAAUAAAAGAUAUAUAACAUUUUUUUCAAUAAGAAGUUUAUUAUAUUUAAUAAAAAAAAAAAAAUUAUUUAUUUGUAUAGAUAGUUAUAUAUAUGAACAGCAAAUGUUAGAUAAUUACAGAUAUCCAUUUUAUUUUAUGAACAAUUUUUUUUAUAUGUCUACAUUUCAAUAUUCUGAUAUAUUACAACUAUUAAACGUUAUUCUUUUAAACAAUGAUAAAGAUUAUAAUUAUCAAUAUAAUCAAAAUGAUCAGAAUAAUAAUAAUUAUUAUUAUUACAAUUCUAAUACUCUUUCUAUUUAUUUCUUUAUUCAAUUAAUAUAUAAAUUUUUUAAAGUUAUUCAAGGGUCUAAAACAAAAUAUAAUACAUAUAAUAUAUAUAAUACAUAUAAUAUAUAUAAUAUAUAUAAUAUAAUGAAUAAUAAUGUUUUUAAAGACAAAAAAAAAAAUACUCACAAGGAUUCUUCUAAUACUUUUAAUUUUUCUUACUUUGAUUUGAAUGUAAAUAAAUUUAUAACAUUUUUUAAAAAUAUAGAAGAUGUAUAUAUUCAAAGGAAGGAGAGUUCCAACCUUGAAAAUAUAAAAAAAAAAAAAGUAGAUCAUAUAAAGGAUGAAACAAAAAAGGAAUCCAAAAAAAAUGAUUUCAUUAAUAAUUAUCAUAUUAAUAAUCAUAAUGUUCAAAAUAAUAAUGAUCAUAGAGGUAAAUUCAACUUUCUUAUAACACUCAAUGAUUCUAAUAAUACAACAGAUAGACAUAAAAAUGCUCAUAUUUUUUUCAAUAAUUUUAUUUAUACUGCAAAAAAUAAACACACAAACAAUAAUAUAAAUAUUAAAAAUUUAAACAUAAAACUGGACAUUAUUAGGAUGAAGAAAAAGAAAAAUAAUAAAUCCAAUAAAGUUAAGAACAAAAAAAGUAAUAAAUUAAUAACAUAUUACACUCCACACAUAAAUAAAAAUAAUACUAUUAUAAAUAAAUUAAUAAACAAAAUGGAAAAAAGAGAAAAAAAAAAAAACAAAAAAAUAAAAAAUAUUAAAAAACAAAAGAAUAUAGGAAAGACAACAGAAAUAAAUAAAUCAAGUAAACAAAUAAGCAAACAAAAUGGAAUAAAACAUAUAAAUGAAAAUAUAAGUGAUAAUAAUAAUAUUUAUGAUAAUAAUCAAAAUUCUUAUUCAAAUGUUAAAAAUUUGUUCUCAUUAAAUAAUAACAACCAAAAUGAAGAUGCGUUUAAUAAUUAUAAAAAUAUAACUAGCAGCUUCACCACUUCUUCUAGUAGUUGUAUUUAUAGUAGUAGUAGUAAUAUAUAUAAUGAGCAUGAUUAUCAAGAAAAAGAAAAAGAAAAAAGAAUGGAUUCAACAAAUUGUUUAAAACAUACACAAAAAAAUGGUAUUAACAAUAAUUAUAAUUAUAGUUAUGAUAAUAAUAGUUUUAAUAGUGAUGCUUUAAAUAAUGAAAUAAAUACACUUUCUCAUUCUUCAGAUAUACAUAAAAAUGUAAUAUCUAAUAUAAAUGUUAGAAGUGAUGGAAUAAGCGAUAUUAGCUUUUCUAAAAAUUCCAUUUUUAAUCAAGAUAUAAAUAAUUUUUUUCUCAUAAAUAAUGAUAAAAAUAAUAAAAAUAUAAAUAAAAUAUAUAAUACACAUUAUAUAUCUUAUGCUUUUCAUAUUUUAAAACAAAAUAAAAUAAAUCUAUGCAACCUUAUCGAUGAAAAUAAAUUAUUUUAUCAUAACAAUAAUGAAAAUACUCUAUUUAUACAUUUUAAAAAUGAAUUCUUAAAAAAAGAAAUAGACAAAAAUGUUGAUAUACCAAAUAUUAUUGUCUUAAAAAAAAUUAUGAUUAUAAAAAUUCUUUUUUUUCUUUAUAAACAUAACAACUUAUUAAUUAUUAAAUUAUAUAUUCUUAAAACUUUAUCCAUUUUAUCAAACCAUUUAAUUUAUGAAGAAGAUAUAGAAAACUUUAUAAGAAUAUUCAAUUAUUUUGUUACACAUUUUUUAAAACAAAAUGAUUUUAUUAAUACACACACAUCAACUUUAUUAAAACAUGAUAAAAAAAAUAAUGUAAAUACGAAUUCUACACAGUUAUUAAACAAACAAAAAUAUAAAAAAAAUCAUAAAUUUCAAAAUAUCCAAGAAAAAAAUGUAAAUGAAAUAUUAUAUAGUAAUUCAUAUAAUUCAGAUCACACAUCUUAUUUAGGAAGUGUAAUUAUGUCAUCAGAUUCAUCUACACAAGAACAAAAAAAUAAUCAAAAAAAUAAAAUAAAUAAAAAAAAUUAUCUUAACAAUUUUGUAAGUUAUCUAUUAAAUAAAAAGCAUAUGCUCAUAUUAGAAGAAACAAAUAGCUCAUAUUAUAAUAAAAAUGUAUUAAAAAAUUUUAUACGUAUUUAUAUAACAGAUAUUAUAUAUAAAUUAUUGAAAUAUAAAAAUCAAAUAAUAUUGAAUUCUAUUCUUUAUAUUUUUUCAAGUAAUCAAAGUAUACCUUUCUUUAAUUUGUUCUAUAUUGUUAAUAAAGAAGCUAUUGAACAAAUAUUGAAAGAACCUUUCUUUUAUUUAACAGUAGAAAGAAAAUGUAUAAACGAAAAGGAGAAAAAAAAGGAAAACAAAAAGGAAAACCAAGAUGCUCAUAUAAAUAUUAAUCAUAAUAAUAAUCAUUUUGAAAUAAAAAAAGAAAACUAUAAACAUGAAGACCAAAAAAGUAAUAAUAUAUAUCCCAUUUCUUAUCAACACUCUUACCUUAACAUUUUAAACGAACACUUUUUCCAAUCAUUCCAAUUCGAUAAUAUUAGCCUCAAUAAUGUCAAAACUCUUUUUUAUUUCUCUUUUUUUAAUUUUAUUAAUGAUAAAGAUUCUAUGAUUAUAUUUAGAAAAAAAACUCUCACAUUCUUAAAUAUUCUAAAUGAUAUAUAUUUUUUUAAAACCAACAAAUACGUGUUUUAUCGGGAAAAGUAUAAAAAAAAUUUUUUGUGUGCAGACAAAACAAAUGAUUUUGCAUGUAUAAGUCAGGCAAAUGACCUAACACGUGCAGGCAAAAUGGACGAAUUAUUAUGUACAAGUCAGGUAAAUAAAAAGUGGCAAAAUGAUGAAAGAGUGGGAGUAUUAUCAUAUAAAGAUAGGAAUAAUUUGAAGAUUGAAAGUAUGAAUGGAAAUAAAUAUAUUAAUAUUGAAGAUGCUGGUAUAGAUAAAAAAAAUAAGACAGGCAUAAAAUAUGAUAUGAAUAAUAGCAAUAUGAUGAAUAUUAAUAGUGAUAAUUCAAAUAAAUUUACUGAUGAUGAUGAUGAUUAUUAUUAUUAUUAUUAUUCUAGUUCUUCGUGUAGUGUAUCGAUAUCAUGUGCAUCAUAUAAUUCUGUUGAUGAUAGUAGUACUGUUGAUAAUGUAUCAGAUGGUAAUAACGAAUCUGUUGAUGAUGACUUUUCAAUUUCUUCUAUAUCUAAUAAAUCAUUUAAAAAUAGGAUAAUAAAAUCAUAUGACAAUUUAUAUAAUGAAGAUAUGAAUACAAAUGAAAAUAUCCAAAUGAAUUUUGAUAUAAAAGAAUGUUCAUAUAUAUAUAUGUAUAAAAUUGGUUUGUAUUGUAUAAUAUCGGGUUAUUAUAAUUAUGGAUAUAAAAUAUUUGGAAAAUUAUAUGUGAUGGUUAAUAAGAGAGAUAUAAAAUUAUGGUUAGAAUGUUUAUUAAAUUAUUGUAAAUUUUAUUAUUUAAAUAAAAGAAAACCCAAACAAAGAAAACAUUUAUAUGUAAGAAAAACGAAUGAUAAGGACAAUAUGUAUAAUAAUAUAAAAAAUAAUAGAAACGAAUUAUAUCAUAAUAAGAACGAUUUUUUUACUCACUGUAAUUAUAAUAUUGGUUAUAUAAAUCCUUCCAAAUGUUUAGAAAAAGCUCAAGAGUGUGUAAAAGAAAUAAUAAGUUAUAAAGAAAAUUUUUUUCAUGUUUUCUUAUUUUUACAAAUAAAAAAAAAUAUAUAUAAAGCUAUAGAAAAUUUAAUUAUUUUAAUAAAUGAUAUAAAAGAUGAAAUAAAUUAUACUGUGAAAUAUUUUACGUAUAAUAUUGAAGAAUAUAUAUAUUUUUUAAAAAGUAUUUUCAUAUACUUAAUAUUACUAUUAAAUUUUAAAUAUGAAUUUUCAAGAUUAUCGAAAAGAAUAUUAUAUAUAUAUAUUGUAUUGAUUAAAACGUUAUAUGUUAUAUGCAUUUUUAUGAAGAAUAAAAUAAUUCCAUAUUUAUUUUUGAAUUCUUCCUUUUUAUUAAAUACACUUAUGGAUUAUAAUGAUGCAAGUGACGUUGAACAAAAUGAAAGUGACAGUGAAGAGGAUGAUGAACGUGACAAUAAAAGUGAAAAUAAAAGUGAAAAUAAUAAUGUAUAUCAUAAGGAUCAUUAUAAUGUAUAUAAUAAGGAUCAUUAUAAUGUAUAUAAUAAGGAUCAUUAUAAGGAAGGCAUUUAUGAUCAAAAUAAUAACAUUAUAAAUGUUAAAAAAAAGAAAACAAAAAUGAACUUAUUUAUGUGGGGAGAUGAUUAUACAGGAUAUAAUUUUACAAGAUUAUAUUUGGAAAGAAAAAAAGAAAAGAUAAUACAAAAAAAUCUUUUUUCAAAAGAAUUGAAAGAUGUCGAUGGCAAAUCGUUUCAAGAAAUUUUUGAAUAUAUAAAAAAUUUGUGGAAAGUAUCAGGAGAAAAAUUUUUUUUUUAUUAUCAUAUACAUAAUUUAAAUGAAAUGUAUCAUAAUUUAUUUAAAGAUAAUAUUAUAAAUAAAAAAAAAAUCCUCAAUUUUUUAAAAGUCUAUCUUUUAAUUCUAAAUAAAAUUAAUUAUCCGACUCCUCCUCGUUUCUUGUCAUCUCGUAGUUUCCCCUAUAUAGUUAGUCGUGCAUACAUAUAUAAAUCGAACCUUGGAAAAAUGCAGUAUGAAGUGGAGUCCGUUAAAUGUAUAGGCCACUUGAAAAAUGCUCAAGCUCAUAUAAUUAAACAUUUUUAUUAUUGUAAUAUUAAAUUAGUUUUAAGAAAUAAAAUUAUAAGAAAUAUAAAUGUAAAAGCUAAAGGACUUUCUAUAUUUUAUACAUUUCAUAUACAUAUACAAAACGAAGAUUUAAAGAAUUUUCAUAUAUUCAUGAUACCACUGGAUAAACAUAAACAAGUAUUGGGUCAAGCAAAAACAACUGAUUUUUUUAUUAAAUAUAUAUAA